AUGUCUAUGUCAAGUGUUUCUUUGUUGACCAGGGAGCUUUCAUUUGCACCUUAUGAUGUAAAAUGGAUUCCCUGUUCAUCCAGAGUAUGCACUGUGGGCGCUACUAAUCAUGGAACGGGCAAAAUUGCUGUAUAUAAUCUCGUUGGAAAACAAUUAGAACUGAAAACCGAGACAGAAACCAAUGCAGCUGUGCGAUGUGCAACCAUUACAGGACUGACACGUAGUAUGGCAACAGGUGAUUUUGAGGGUCAACUUCAAAUAUGGGACACACAACGCUUCGACAUUCCGUUAGUCUCAUUUAAAGCGCAUGACAGUAUUAUCAACUCGAUAGACAGUUACAAUCAAUCAAAAGAACCACAAGAGCUCGUUACUGGCAGUCGCGACGGAACUGUCAAAGUGUGGGAUGUAAGACAACAAGAAAAGGCAGUUUUGACAAUUAAAUCAAAGGAAUCGAUUGAUAUAUGGGCUGUAGCAUACGGUCAGUUGAGGGGCGAAAAAGUGAUUGCAGUAGGAUAUGAAAAUGGAGAUAUCAAGCUAUUCCAUGUCAAUGGAUCACAGUAUUUAUGGGAGUUGCGCGUCAAGGAUGGCAUUUGCUCCAUUGAAUUCAACAGUGAUAAAUUAUUAACAAGCACCCUCUCUGGUGCUUAUGUGAUUGACAUUACCACUGGAAAGACUUCCGAGAUCCAGUCUCCAACAACAUUAUGGUCUGUUCGACAUAUACCACAACAAGCACACUAUUUCAGUGUUGCAGGAGGCGACGGCAAUGUCACCACAUAUAGUCAGCAAGACAUGAAGCCAACAAAUGUGCUUGCUCUUUCAAAACAUCCCAUCAUCUCCCUAGACUGGAGCAAAGAUAAAAAGGGCCUGUUUGCAUGCUGUUCAUUUGACCAAUCCCUCAAAAUUGGUAUGGUAUUCAACGGCCAAUAA